CUCUAUAAUAUAAUGGCUAUCCAUUAUAUAUAUAUGUGUGUGUGUGUGUUCAUGUGUGUUUGCCUCUGGAAUAGAGCAUUAGAAAAACUGAUCAGAGAGUUAGGGUUGAAAACUUUUACAUUUUAAAAUGGCAAUGGCAGAAAGUCUUUUUCUGCAGGCUACUGGCACAAGCAUAUUACUUGGUGUUGUGGUUCUCAUUGUGGUUAUUUAUUUCUAUUUAUCAGGCUCUAGCUUUAAGGAAGACACUAAUGAACCUCCAGGACCCAAACCACUUCCUCUCCUGGGAAACCUGCUUCAGCUAGACUUGGACAGACCCCAUGAAUCCCUUUCUGAGCUUGCCAAGACGUAUGGAUCUGUAUUCAAAGUAUAUUUUGGUACCAAGAAAGUUGUUGUCUUAGCGGGGUACAAAACAGUCAAACAAGCACUGGUUAAAUAUGCUGAGGAAUUUGGGGAAAGAGAAAUCAAUCAUACAUUUAAGUUUGCUGAAGACCACGGAAUUCUGUUUUCUAAUGGGGAGAACUGGAAAGAGAUGAGACGAUUUGCUUUAACAAACCUUCGAGACUUUGGAAUGGGAAAAAAAGGCAGUGAAGAUAAAAUCAUUGAGGAAAUCCAAUACCUUAAGGAAGUGUUUGAGAGCUUUGGAGGAAAACCAUUUGACACAACUCAACCAGUGAACUAUGCUGUCUCAAACAUCAUCUCAUCCAUUGUGUAUGGAAACAGAUUUGAAUACAGUGAUCUUCAAUUCAAAGAAAUGGUCAACAGGGCAAAUGAGAAUGUCAGGAUUGGUGGAUCAGCUUCUAUGCGAAUCUUCAACAUACUUCCCUGGAUUGGUCCAUUCUUGAAAAACAGAAGAACCCUCCAAGUGAAUACUAAGAAAACCAGGAAACAGGUUCUUGAACUGGUGAGUGGUCUUCAGAAGACGCUAAAUCGAGAGGAAAGCAGAGGAUUUGUCGACUCCUUUCUCCUUCGUAAACAAAGUGAUGAGGAAUCAGGACAGAAAAACUCCCGUUUCAAUGAGAAAAAUCUUCUCACGACAGUGAUAAAUCUUUUUGUUGCUGGUACUGACACCACUAGCACAACACUGCGCUGGGGGAUGCUGCUUAUGGCCAAGUACCCUCACAUACAGGAUCAGGUCCAUGAGGAGAUUGACAGCGUGAUUGGAGGUCGUCAGCCAAUGGUGGAGGACAGGAAGAACUUGCCUUACACAGAAGCAGUGGUCCAUGAAAUCCAGAGACUGGCAAAUAUAGUACCCAUGAGUCUCCCCCACAGCACCAGCUGUGAUGUGAACUUCAAUGGCUUCUUUAUCAAGAAGGGCACUACUAUUUAUCCUUUAUUGAUGUCCGUGUUGAGGGAUGAGAGCCAGUGGAAGAGCCCACACACCUUCGACCCAGAAAACUUCCUUGAUGAACAGGGACGAUUUGUUAAAAAAGAUGCCUUCAUGCCUUUUUCUGCAGGACGCAGGGUUUGCCUGGGAGAAAGCCUGGCCAGGAUGGAGCUCUUCCUCUUCUUCAGCUCUCUCCUGCAGCACUUCCGCUUCACUCCUCCACCAGGGGUGUCUGAAGAUCAGCUGGACCUCACAGGUGUGGUUGGGAUUACAGUGAAUCCAUCUCCCCACAAGCUUUGUGCAGUGAAACGGACCUAAUCAAAGAAUGAUUAGAAAGCCAGUAAUACUUCAGAGUAUAAGAAAGUAGCCUAUUUUUAAUUUUAAUUUAUCUUGAUGGAUGUUAAAAAAACUGCAAACCUCAAACCUGUAUAAUAUUACCACAAUUCAGUUUUCUGUAAGUUAUGUUUUACCAUUAACGACAUAGAAAAGUUGUCAGUGAAGUUUAUGUUAACUUUCAACCCUGCCCUAUUUUUGUUUACAGUUUUUUUUAGCUGGAAAUUUGAACAAAAUAGUAUAUGUACUGUAAGAACAACUCCGAUGUGAACAAUUGUUUAUUUUAUCAAAAUUAAUCAUGAUGGUAUAACCAGUGCCAUUUGUAUCAUUCUUCUGCCCUCAGCUUGUGUUUUUUCUUAUUUUGCUUUGGCAGCGAGUUAAACAUAGGCCCAGUAAAAGUCAUAGAAGGAAGUCAGGAUUAAACUCUCUUUACUGAACACCAAUUUGUGAAAAGAUUGUGCUUUUCCAAGAGCAAAACAAGAAGGAUGGGUGUGGAUGCACAUUUAGAGUGUAAAUAGAGAUUUAUGUUGUUUUUUUUAAUACACAGUGUGCUUGAAAUAUACAGUGUUGCUUGAAAAUUUGUGAACCAUUUUCUAUAUUUCUGCACAAAUAUGACAUAAGACAUCAUCAGAUUUUCACACAGGUCCUAAAAGUAGAUAAAGAGAACCCAAUUAAACAAAUGAGACAAAAUAUUAUACUUGGUCAUUUAGAGCACACAAUCAUUAGUUUUUUGUGUGUAUUUUUAGAUUGCAAAGAAGUACAGUGUUCAAAAUGACAUAAAAAAAGAAACAAACCAACUGAAAUUCAAUAUACAAUAUUUGUUUGUGUUUCUAAAUAAACAUUGUUGUGAUCAAUAAAUUGCCUGAUGAAUCAAAUAUGAUUUUAAAAAAAAAAUCAUAUAUGUAAAUAUAUUAAAUAUAUAUUUUUUUGGAUUUUGUCAAAGGGUUCAAUAAACACUUCAAUAAAAAAAGGAA